AUCUCUCUACCAAUCCCUAAGCUGCCGCCUGAGUCUUUCCUCAGAGAAAAGGCAGGCCUUGCUUCUCGAGUUUCAGACAGCCACAUACUGGGAACAUUUGUCUUUGCAGCAGAUUUGUCAGAGAUUUUCUUACUGAACCAUGGCAGCCAAAGGCGGGGGAAGGACCAACGGCACCAUCUAUGAUUUUCCAGGUUUUGAUGCCAAUAAAGAUGCUGAGAUCCUUCACAAGGCCAUGAAAGGCUUUGGAACGGAUGAAGAUAUCAUAUUGGAUCUACUGACGCAGAGAAGUAAUGCCCAACGGCAGGAUAUUAUCGUUGGCUACAAAACCGUAAUUGGAAAGGACCUGGUCGAUGAUCUGAUGUCCGAGCUGUCUGGAAAGUUUGAGUCCCUAAUUGUAGCUCUCCUGCUUCCUCCCCAUCGCUAUGAUGCCAAGGAAUUGCAUGAUGCCAUAAAGGGUGCUGGGACAUCUGAGAACAUCCUGGUUGAAAUCUUAGCAUCUCGCAAUAAUGACGAAAUCCACAGGAUUGUGGAAGCUUAUAAAGAAGACUUUGAAUCUGAUUUGGAAGAGGACCUCGCCUCCGACACAUCGGGUUACUUUGAACGAGUUCUGGUUUCCCUAGUUCAGGGUAACAGAAGUGAAGCAGGCGCUGAUUCAUCUCAAGCAGAAGACGAUGCAAAGGCUCUUUAUGAGGCUGGUGAAAAUGCCUGGGGUACAGAUGAAGAAAGAUUCAUUUCCAUUAUCUGCUCCAGGAGCAUCCCCCAUUUGUUGGCAGUAUUUGAAGAGUACCAGAAGAUAAAUGACAUUGAUCUUGAAGACAGCAUUGCAAGUGAAUGCUCGGGGAAUCUUCAGAGUGUUAUGUUGGCCAUUGUCAAAUGCGUGAAGAACAAACAAGCCUAUUUUGCUGAGAAACUUUACAAUUCCAUGAAGGGUGCUGGUACAGAUGACGAAACUUUGAUGAGAAUUAUGGUGUCUCGCUCUGAAAUUGAUUUGGCAGAUAUUAAAGCUAUUUACAAGGCCAAAUAUGAUGAGACUCUUCACUCUACAAUUACGGGCGACACUGGCGGAGAUUUUAAAGAUACUCUACUGAAGAUCUGUGCUGGAGAUAACUAAAGAUUUCCUUGCAGCCCGAGAACCAGAUCACAAAUGUUUCAACUAUCAAAUGUUUUAGUUGUCAUGCCUUUAUAUCUUGCUUAAGCAAUAAUCAUGCUCAGUAUAACUACAACAUUGGAUAUUUCUAGUAGACAACACCAGGCUCUUCAAUGCAACACUGAAGAUGGGCUUGCACCCAUUUGUAAAAUCUAAAAGCACUUACUUAAAUUCCACAAGAUUUGAUUCUGUGUAGUCUGUUUUCCACAAUCACUAUUAAUUUUGUGACAGUUCUUUGAGACCAUGCUCUAUCAGAUGGCACAGCAAUUCAUAACUUGUAUUUUUAACUCAAUUAGAAUUUGAUUUUUACAAAUGCUCAUAUUAAAUGGAAUUAUAUCUAUAUAUUCCAUUUGAUUUGGUAAUGAGGCAGCCUCAGCUUGGUGUAUUACCUUCCCUUGUACACUGCCCUUGUCCUAUAUAACUUAUUUACAGAAUAUCCAAUUAGUAACACUACUAUGCAUUUAAAACUAAAUGGCUUGAUUCCUCAAUGUUAGUGUAUUCAAUGCAAAAUGAAGAAGACAUUGUCAAUACAGAAGUGACAACUUUGACCCAGGCUUGUUAAUCCUUCAGCAACUUAUGGAUGUUAAAUUGCAAUUGAGUCUAUCAAUUUUCUAGAAAAUCCAACAGAUGGUAAAAUAAUUCCAGAAUAGAUUUCUUGCCUUGCCAAAGGAGUCUAAUGGGGGCAUUUAUCAUUACCAAAAACAUCAAGGAACCUCAUUCAAUUGAGCUGCCCCAGCUUCUCGGGGCUGGAAGCCAAUAUGAAGAUCCCAAUUACUUGAUUGGACUCCAAUUGGUUUGUCACCCACAUUGGAUUUAAUUUUUCAUUGAAGUAAUGACCAAAAUUUUAAUUUAAACAUUCCGCUUUUUUUUGUUUAAUGCCCGAGUGAGUUUUAAAAUUACUCCUUUGUCUCAUUCCUUGAAUGCUUUCAAUGGCAAAAUAUAAAAUGAGCCUAUUAUUUAAAACGUGGUAUUAAAUUUACAGGAGGCCUGUACAUUGUCAAGUCCACUUGAGCCCUUGUCAUUGUUGCAUUGCAGAAAGUCCUAAUGUAAUGAUUUGAUUCCUAGUAGUGGUUUAACCAAAGAUCAUGGUGAAGCUAGAAGUAAAGGGCCUGUUCCACUUGGGCGUCAUUUGCGCGUAAUUUAUGCGACAUCAUUUACGCGUCACGACGUGAUGCGCGCGUGGUGCGGUCGCGCACGGCGCCCCAGGAUUUUGAGAUGUACAAAAUCUUCAUGCGCCAUCUGCAUGACGCCCAAGUGAGACAGGCCCUUAACAUACUACUUGAAUGAGGCAAUGAGAUGUUUUUUAAAAGGUUGCUAUUUUUCUUCCAGAUGGUUAGCAUUGUGAUUUGCUUGUAUUGCACAUUGUCCAAAUGUUUUCUGUGAAUCUAUAAAACACUCCCUUCCCUUGUCCCUUGUCUUUGUUGCUAUGAAGACAAAUAAAGAAUUUUCACCCAGAGUUAACAAAGC